AUAAUGUACACAACGCAACACGUGUAACUUAAGAGGUUAUCUUAGGAUAUCUUACAGGAAUGAUUUUUUGGUUGUAAGGGAACAAUAAUUGUUUAAUUAAUUUAACAAAUACUUUCAUUUGAAGUAGCCUAAAGUAAUCAAAACUACAGCGAAAUGGCGAAAAAACUAAAGAUCAGUGCAGUUAAAAGAAGUAAUCAAAAAAGAACCAAACUUACACGGCAAGGGAAACUUAAAACAAAGAGGCAUAAACCAAUGAAGAAACAUAUUCAAAACAAAAUAAUUCCACAUGCAGAAAUUGUGGAAGAAGAAGAAAGUGAUCAGGGUGAAGAUCUGAUGAACAUGGUCGAAGAAGAUGAUUUAAACUUUUUAGGAGAAGCCAUUUCUAACAAAUCAUAUAAUUUGUUGAAACAAAUACAUUUAAAUGAAACAGGCGAUGAUAAAGUAAAAUAUAAUAAGAAGGAAAAGAAAAGUAAUGACACAUUGGAAGAUAGAUAUGAAAAUAGUAUAUCAAAAAUAGUUGAGAUAGAAGGUACGAAAAAGGUUCGUAUGUUACUUCCUAUAAAAACUCAAAAUGGAAUUAUAGAAAAAAGGAUAAUUCAAGAAAAUCAUGCAGAAGUUAAUGAAAACAUGCCUCAUGAAGAACAUAAUAUAGAGAAAAAUAACAUGGAAAUAAAAUUCAAUUUUCAAAAUGAAGAUAAAGAUAUGAAACCUGUGUCUAUGAUAGAACUUUUAGCAUUUCGUGAAGAAGUAUUAAGAUCUAAACGUUUAAAAAUUGGAUUGUUAUCUAGCAGUCUUCUCGAAACACCAGAAACUAAAUGUGAUAAUUUUAAAAUACUAUUAGAAUUAAUGGAAGAAACCAAUCCAGAAGUAUAUAUUACCGUAAGAAAAUUGGCAACUAUUUCUUUGUUAGAAAUUUUCAAAGAUUUGUUGCCAUCUUAUCAAAUUCUUCAAAUUCAACAAGAAGGAGUAAGAUUAAAGAAAGAAACACUUGCAUUACAAAAUUAUGAAGCUACAUUAUUAAGAUAUUAUAAACGUUAUCUACAAAAGUUAGAAAAAAUGACUAAUAUACUAAGAAGAAAAAAGGGAGAUACACGACAAAUAAAAGAACAAGAAAGUGAACUAGGAAAAGUUGCAUUAACAUGCAUGUGUGAUCUUCUAACAACUCAUCCCUACUUUAACUAUUCUAUUAAUAUAGCAAAUUUUCUUAUACCAUUGUUAGAUAAUAAACAUGAGCUUAUAAGGCAGGAAGUCUUAAAAUGCAUUUCCCAAGUAUUCAAGGAAGACAAACGCGCUGAAUUAUCUUUAAAAAUAGUACGCAAAUUAAACCAAUACAUAAAAUUAAAAGCUCAUUCCGUUCAUUCUGAGGUUCUAUCAGUACUUUUAUCACUUCGUAUAAAAGAUGUAAAUUUAGAUAAAGAAAAAGAAGAAGAGACUAAACAAAAAAAGCUUACGUCUCAUAAACAAAGAAUUCUUGCCUUAAGUAAGCGUGAAAGGAAGAAAAAUAAGAAACUUGAAGAAGUAGAGAAAGAAUUACUUGAAACUAAGGCAGAAGAGAAUAAGCAAACUAAACAAAAAUUACUCACUGAAAUAACAAGUGUAGUAUUUACAAUUUAUUUUAGAAUUUUAAAACAAGCUCCAAAUAGUAAGAUUCUAUCUAUUUGCUUGGAAGGAUUAGCAAAAUUUGCACAAUGCAUAAACUUAGAUUUUUAUCAAGAUUUAGUAACUGCCAUAGAUAAACUAAUGGAAGAGGGUAAUUUAAAUUUGAAAGAUCAAUUACAUUGUAUUCAGUGUGUAUUUACAAUAUUAUCAGGACAAGGUUCAGCAGUAAAUCUUGAUCCUUACAGGUUUUAUGCACAUUUAUACAAAAAUUUACUAAAUAUUCAUUGUGGUAAGACUCAUAUAGAAAUGGAAGUUCUUAUAAAGAUUUUACUUCAAGCUCUAAUUCAUCGAAGAAAAAGAAUUACACAAAGGCGUUUUGUAGCAUUUAUCAAAAGAAUAGCUAUUCUAGCCUUACAAUUGCAACAUAAUUCGAUACUUGGCAUUCUCGGUAUUAUAAAGCAAAGUAUGCAACUUGGAAAAAUGCUAGAUAUUUUGUUGGAUACUGAUAGUACGACUGGAGAUGGUUUUUAUCAAGCAGAGCUAGAGGAACCUGAGUAUUGCAAUGCACACUGUUCAGCAUUAUGGGAACUUACAGCUUUACAACGACAUUAUCACAGUAUUGUACAAAAGAUGGCAAAAAACAUAGCUUGGAAUGUGCCACCAACAGGUGAAGGCAGUUUAUCUCCAGAAAUUGCUAAGCUUUCUCCAGAAGAACUUUAUACUGAAUUUGAUCCUACUGGUGUCGUAUUUAAACCAGCAGUACCAGUUCCAAAAAAUACAAAUGCUAAGAGAAUAAUAACAACCCAUCAUUUUAUAAAUAGUGAAUUCAAAGAAUAUAUUAAUACUAUAUAUAAUACUGAAUUAUUUGCAGAUGGAUACAUAGAUUUUUAUAAAGCUUGUCAUAGUUAAUACUGUAUGUAACACAAAUUAUAGAAUGGAUUGUAAGAAUAAAACGAAAUUUGAUAUAAAACAUUAAACACUGUA